GAUGACCAAAUGAAGCUGCUUCAGAACUGCUGGAGUGAGCUCUUAAUCCUUGACCACAUUUACCGACAAGUAGUACAUGGAAAGGAAGGAUCCAUCUUCCUGGUUACUGGGCAACAAGUGGACUAUUCCAUAAUAGCAUCACAAGCCGGGGCCACCCUCAACAACCUCAUGAGUCAUGCACAGGAGCUAGUGGCAAAACUUCGUUCUCUCCAGUUUGAUCAACGAGAGUUUGUGUGUCUGAAAUUCUUGGUGCUCUUUAGUUUAGGUAAGAAAUCCUUUUCUCAUGCUGUGCUCAACCAACGAUUGCUAAAUGAUGCUGAAGUUCAAAUAUUUUGUGGUCCAUGUAUGUUUUUGUUCUAUCAAUACAAUGCCCUUCCUUUCAAAUUACGAAAUCUUCAAACAUGAAUAUAUUUUCAUAUAUGUUUCUACAUGAUGCAUAGCCCUUCACUGGAUAGGUUGGGGAAUGGAAAAAUGAGUUUAUUCAAUUGACUCAUUCAAAUGAGUCCUGCUUUUCUUCCAUAAUGUACAGAUAAGCAAUAACCAAAUAAAGCUAUGACAGAGGUUUAAAACAGACAGCUCAGGAAAGAUGUAUGGUAUCAAAUUUUAGCCAUCUUUCUCCCAUUGAUAAUUUCUAUGUGCCUUUUGUUUCA